CUGGAGCCGCCGACGAGCAAAACACGGCUGGCGGCACGAACGCGGCCACACGCUCGCGACCAGUCGCUCCAGUUCUAGCGACAGCGGUCGACAGCGCGAACCAGGGACCAGCGGCGCCCACGCCGCCGGCGCGGCGCCCAGCUUAUUAACAGACAGCCCACGCGGCAGCCGCGUACCGGCCGCCGUACGCUACCAUGGCCGACGAGGGCGAGAAAUGGGAGUGCCCCGUCUGCAUGUUCGAGAACCUGCCGACGAACCGGGGCACGUGCGAGUUCUGCGGCGAGGCGAUGCCUCCGCGAAACGACGCCGUCGAGGACACGCCGGCGCCGCCACCCGCACCAGUCGACCCGCCCGUCGAGGACGACCCCGUCCCGGAACCGCCGCCGGCGCCUUCUACUGGGGAUGAACUAGCUCAGCUCCUGGAAGAGUUCGAGGCCGCCGCUGGGAGCCCGAAAACCUCACAAGACAAGCCCAAAGAACCAAAAAAAACGACUGUAAGAGUGAGAGGUUUUGAUGUGUGCUCGGAGCAGGGCAAGCGCCCGUCCAUGGAGGACGUCUACGUCAUAACACCCAGCAUACAUGACGAUCCGUCGCGAAGUUACUUCGGAGUCUUCGACGGCCACGCCGGCAGCCGCGCGGCCCAGUACUGCGGCCAGCGCAUGCUCGACCACAUCACGGGCACGGCGGCCUGGCAAAGGAGAGACGUCCUGGCCGCGACGAAGUUCGGCAUGGCGCGGACGGAGCAAGCGUACCUCCGAGCGGCGCUGUCCGCGCAGCCGCGGUGGUUCGACGGCACCACCGCUGUUGUCGUUUUAGUAGUAGAUGGGAUACUCACGAUAGGCUGGUGCGGCGACUCGCGAGCUGUCUUGGGGAGAAAGGCGAAGGGUAGCAAACAGUGGACGGCCUUCGAACUGAGCCAUGACCACAAGCCCACGAACCCGCGGGAGCACAAAAGGAUCUUACAACUGGGGGGCAUGGUCGGCCGCAGUCUCAAGGAGGCCCAGUCGGGCAAGGCCUACCAGCGGGCGGGCGGCUGUGUGGAAAUCAACCAGUCAGGUUAUCUCGGCACCGCGGUCAUCUGAGAGGCCCAAACUCGGACACGACCUCCGAGGGAUACCCUCUUCAUCAGAGAGCGAGUAGCACCUCACCCCGACCCCAACACACCCCAAAUUGAAGCACAAGUUGAACUUUGCUUGCCACACAGGCCGGGGGCGCUUGUCCCGUGUUUUGCUUCGGCGCGAACCAGGACUCGCCCCUCAGAUGCUAUCCCGGCGGGCUGUCGCUCUCGCGGUCGAUCGGCGACGUGACGCUCAAGUACCACCCCAAGAAGGUCGUCGUCGGCGAUCCCGAAGUUGUGCAGCAGCGCAUUUCUCCGGACGACCGGUUUAUCCUACUAGCGUGCGACGGCAUCUGGGACGUCAUGACCAAUGAAAGGGCCGUGGCUAUUGCCUCGAAGGCCAUUAGGAACAAGGAGGACGCCGCUAGAGCGGUCGUGCGGCAGGCCUACGCUUUGGGCUCGACGGACAACAUGACUGCCGUGGUAGUUCAUUUGGCGGCGGGGGCGGUGGCGGCCGCCGAGUAAUAGGGUACUACUAGU